AGAGGCGGGGCUCACUGGCUCUUGAAGAAGAGGCUGGCGCGAUCUCCCAGGGAGACUGGCUGGUUGUGGAGUGGAGUUUACCUUCUCCCUUCUCUCCGAAUCCCUUCCUCCACCCGGUUGGGACGAGGUGUUAACAGCCAUGAGACCGGGCGAGGAGCUGCCUGGAGAGGGCGGCAGCGCCGUCCCGGAGCUGGAGUUGCUGAAGUGCCGCGCUGCUGAAUGCAUCGACGAGGCCGCUGAGCGGUUAGGGGCCCUGAGCCGAGAGAUCUGGAGCGAGCCCGAGCUUGCCUACCAGGAGUACCGGGCCCACGACGCCCUGACCCGCUUCUUCGAACAGGAGCCGCCGGCCGCCUCCUGGGCGGUGCAGCCGCACUAUAAGCUGGACACGGCCUUCAGGGUGGAAUGGGAGUCUUUGGCUCCGGGGUCCGGGUGUCCCGCUCCUGCUCCGCUGCAGCUGUGCUUCCUCUGCGAGUAUGACGCGCUGCCGGGCAUCGGGCACGCCUGCGGCCACAACCUGAUUGCCGAGGUGGGCGCAGCAGCCGCCCUGGGUCUGAAGGGGGCGCUCGAGAGCCAUCCGAGCUGUCCACCGGUGAAGAUCACUGUCCUGGGCACUCCUGCAGAAGAGGAAGGAGGUGGCAAAAUUGACUUACUUGAAGCUGGAGCUUUUAAAAAUCUUGAUGUUGUUUUUAUGGCUCAUCCAUCACAAGAAAAUGCUGCUUAUCUUCCUGAUGUGGCUGAGCAUGAUGUGACUGUGAAAUACUAUGGAAAAGCUUCUCAUGCUGCUGCUUAUCCUUGGGAAGGUGUGAAUGCAUUAGAUGCUGCUGUUCUUGCAUAUAACAAUCUGUCAGUUUUAAGACAGCAAAUGAAACCCACCUGGAGAGUUCAUGGUAUAAUUAAACAUGGUGGUGUGAAACCUAAUAUCAUUCCCUCAUACUCUGAAUUACUCUAUUAUUUGCGUACACCCUCAAUGAAAGAGCUUCCGAUUUUGACAAAAAAAGCAGAAGAUUGCUUUAGAGCUGCUGCUUUGGCUACAGGAUGCACAGUGGAAUUAAAAGGUGGAGUACAUGACUACUAUAAUGUUCUUCCUAAUAAGAGUCUCUGGAAAGCUUACGUGGAAAAUGGAAAAAAGCUGGGAAUAGAAUUUAUUUCGCAAGAUUGUAUACCAAGUGAAUCAUCAGGUUCCACUGACUUUGGAAAUGUUACUUUUGUGGUUCCUGGAAUUCACCCCUAUUUUUACAUUGGUUCCGAUGCGUUGAAUCAUACUGAGCAAUACACUACAGCUGCAGGAUCCCAAGAAGCCCAAUUCUACACUUUGCGUACUGCUAAGGCUCUGGCCAUGACAGCACUAGAUGUGGUUUUCAAACCAGAUUUGCUGGAAAGAGUCAGAGAGGACUUUAGACUUAGUCUUCAAGAAGAGGAGUUUUUGAAUACUACAGAACAAAACCAAGACCUCAGCACAAUUUGUGAAUCACGUUAAGAAUCAGUUCUUCCCUUAAUGAGGUAGGAAAGGAUUUUUUUUCCCCUCAAGGAGAAGUUUCUGGUACUUUGAAAUUGUGUGACACAAUAAGAGGGGAAAAUUCAUUACCUCGUGUAAUCUAAAAUAAUUUUUCACAGAUCUAUAUUCCAUGAAAUUUUAAAUGUACUGGAAAUUGACAUAGUUGCGACCUAGUAGUCUUAGUACUCAAUCCUCCAACACAAAUGACAGGUUUGUUAUAUACACAGCAAGAGAUCUAUAUAUGUAGAACUGCAAAGGUGAAUGUUGAAAAGAAUAAAGCUUAUAUCAGAUUGCUUGCUGGCCUCAGGAGUGAGGAGAGAAGCGGGGCAGAGAAAAAUUUGGAACUCAAAAAAAUAUCUUUACAUGUAAUUGGAAGAAAAUUUAAAAUAAAACAAAUGCUUAAAAAAAGAAAAGAAUAAGGUUUAAAAUCUAAUGUUCAAUAGAAUUUUUGGAUAGAGUUUUUGGAAGCUGUAGGUAUAAGGUAGUAAAAAUAAACUGUGAAAUUUUUUUUUUAAAUAUGUGACUAGCUUUUGUAGGCUUAUUUAUUAGAGAUAGCUCAUAUACAUUGAUACUGUAUGAAUAUUUUUAAAAAGAAGUGAAAGGAAAAGGAGCCAGGAAAACUUGUGUGUGUUGUGAAUUUUGUGAAUUGUUAGUCUUGACAAUCUGGUAUAAUGAUAGUAAUACUUCAUCUGAGCCUUCCCAGAAUAGAAUCAGUAAGGAAGGGCAUUUGACUUGUGUGAUCAAAUCUCUUAAUCUUUCUGGAUUUCCAUUUCCUUUCUUUAUAAAAGGAGGGAAUUGAAGGAGGGCUGCUCAUGAUUUUUUCUAGCUCUAGAAUUCUGUGGUCUAUAGUCUGUCCCCAAAUUUAAAGUUCUCCAUGAAUAGAUCUUUUAAGUAUAUGGUUUCUGGGGGCUAGGACUUGAGAAUUGCAUAUCCCUUUCAUUUUACAAUAGACAUAAAGAAAAGCACAUUUUCACAUUGAUUUUUAUUAUACAGCUGGAGAUUUUUCUGUUGACUGAGAAGAAAACGUUGAGUGAGGUUAAGAUAAUGGGCAGUUAGUCCUAUGACAUACUCACCAUUGAAGAAUCCUAUCAGCACCAUCCCUUAUGGGAGUUGUGGUUCCUACUUAACAAUUCACUUUUCCUUGCUGAGACUUUCUCUAUUCUGGGAUUUUUCUUUGGUCUCCAGGCACACCAUUGCUUUCUAUGACCCUAAGUUUUCCCAGGACAAAAAAAUAAUUCUACAUAAUGGCUUAUAGAAUUUUCCUCCCCAUUUUCUCCUGCCUGGGCAUUUAACAGCAAAUAGUCUUGGGUAAUUCUGACACAUUUCACAUUUAGGUAUGGACAUCCAAGCAUUUGAAAAUAUGAGGCUUUGGGUGUGUGAAGCAAAUGUAUUGCUUGCUUUAUCAGUUUGGCAUAACUAGUGUACUUAGAGGGAAGCUUUUACCUGAAGGAAAAAAUACAUUAUUUUACUGUUUUCUUCAGGUACUAAUGAUAUUCUAGAACACCCCAUUCCCUUUCUGACUUUGUUCCUGCCACCUUCCAUGCCAAGAAAGCGUCUCCUAUGACAAUGAAUGACUUGAGCCAAACCCCAUGUGGAACUGCAAUGCUAUCUUUCUGUGUGGAAAGAAAUACUGCCAUGAACUUCAUGUUCUAGUUUAUAGGCAUGACUGUAACUCAUCUCCGUCAUAUCAUUUGAAAUUAGCAGGCGGAAUCCCCCGUGCUGAAAGCUUAUCUCUUUGGAAUUUGGUUCUUGUGCUACAGUACCUUAGUGUGACCUUCAUCCUAAGGGACCAAGGCCAGAAUCGUUGAAUUUUUCAAACCAACCUUCACCCUUAUUCUCCCUAGUUGAUAGGUCAUCUUUACUUUCAUGGUUUGCAUUUUAGAGGACAGAGGAAAGUAAAAAUUAAAUAAUCUGAGAGCAUUAUUUUUAGGCAAGAGUGAGUAGGGGAAUCCAGAGGAUCUAUUUAUUUUUGGUGUGCUGGUCAUUUUUUCUUCUGCUGCUUUUGGGGUAAAUUUGAUGUGUAUUAUUUUUUGAAGGGAGAAAAUUAAGUGCCUUUUCUAAAUUGUUUUGAACUGUGACAUGACUUGAAAAAGAAUGUCAUUCUUCAUAGAUUUAGAGGGUAUUUGUUAUGUGCCCUAUUUUACAUGCUGUUAUGACUCUAAUCAGAGGAGUCCUGCCUUCAUGUCCUCCCUCAGCUUUGUCACCGUAGAAAAGUCACUGUAAAGUGGUAGAUAAUCCCUGUUGUGCUAAAGGAUUGAAAAACAAUGUAUGGAUUAGACUGUAAGCUCUUUGGAGCGAGGACUGUGACUUUCUCAUUUUUGUAUCUAUAUCACAGAGCCUUGUUACAUGAGUGCUUGAUAAAUACUUGCUGAAAGAAUAUUACAGAAUCUCAGAAUUUGAUUUUAAAAUAGACUGUAAUGGUCAUCUAGUGUGAUAUACAUGAAAAGAAUCCCCAAAUAACAUUCCCAAGAAGUGGUUGUCAAGCCCUUUCUUAAAGAUUUUCAAGGGGAGGCAGUCUGUUCCACUUUUAGACCGUUCUAAUUGUUAUAUAGUUUUUUCCUGACAUCAAGCCUAAAUUGGCUCUCUGCAAUUCCACCUUUUGUAACUUCCCUAUUUUUAAACCAAGGGAAUGAAAUAACCUUGGAAAUUACAAGAUAAAUUGUUAGGCUCUGAUGACAAAUUUUGUGGCCAUAGCACUAUACACUUCUUUUUUCUUUCUUUCUUUUCUUUUUUCUUUCUUUCUUUUUUUUUGCAAUAUACACUUCUUAGAAAAGAGAAAUAGCAAAUUAUUUAUGAGGUGUUAUCUCUAAAGUGAGUGGGUGAAGAGAGAUUCUUAACAAUUACCUUUCAUCCUAUGUGAGUAAUAGUCAAAUUUUGGGGGGAAAAGUUAGAUGAAUUAGUGGUAAAUUUUGAAUUACAUAAUUUAAAAAGAAAUUCAAUUUUGCUAAACCCCCUUCUCCGAUUUUAGACACUGGGUAAUUCCAUUUCAGAGAUUAGAAUUACUUUCAUUAGCUACACUUAAGUCAAUUCAAUAAACAUUUAUUUCAAGUCUAUGUGCAAAGCACACUUACUUAUAUACUGUAUGACAGGCUGAAACUUUUCCCACAGUAAUUUAAGCUAGUUAAGCACGACUUUGUACAAUCUUUUAUCACUUGUUUAAUAUAGUGGUGUUUUUUUUUCCAGAAAGCACAAAUGUAAGCUUUGAUUUAGCACAACUUUUGAGUUAUCUUGAAUUAUUUAGACGUAAUAUAAAUACAGAUUCAAGUCCUUUUUUUGGGGGGAAAACAAAGCUAUGUGAUGGGAUUAUUGAUUUGAAAACAAGACCUAUGGCUCCAUUUGGAACCUGUAAGGACAGAGUACAUUUGUGUUGCUUCAACAACUUGAACUGCCUCUUUCCUCACCCCUUCCCACUUCUGUAACAUUUAUUUGUAAAAAAUCAAGAUGGAUAUGAAUCAGUAAUCAUUAUGGUAUUUCCAUGUCCCUUGGAACAUAUCAGUGAUUUCAAGCCAUUGUAUUUAUUUACAAUCCACAAAAAAGUGUUAAGUAAAAAUAUGAAAUAAGAUUGUCAAUAAUUAUCAGUCUGUAUUCUAGAUUUUUAGAGGUCACUGAUUGGAAAUUUUAAAUAAAAUUCUAAUGAAAUAAA